AUGUCAUUCUUAGGCGGCGCAGAGUGCUCAACCGCGGGCAAUCCGCUGACGCAGUUUAAGAACCACGUUCAGAAUGACACCUCGCUGCAGCGGGAUCGUCUGGUCGGCCGAGGCCCUGGUGGCCUGGAAGAGAGCAUGCGGUCUCGCAUGGCUCCAAAUGGAUCGGACCAGAUGAUGAACGACUUUAUGCACCAGACGGGUCAGUUGCCACAGCCUUUCGCCAUGGAGCAACUGCGACAAGACCUCCCCAGUGUCCAAGGGAUCGCUCGUCGGUCACCGUCCCCCGGCUGGGGAGCCGAGUUUGAUCCGGGCGAACAAGCACGCAUGGAAGCUGCCUUCGCCAAUUCCAAGAUGGCGGCACAACGACCGAACGGAUUCUCCCCACAAGAAUUUGCCCGCUUCCAGCAGGCGACUCCGCAGCGGGCCGCGAGUCCGAUUACUCAGGCUCCUUCGAUGAUGAAUACCUACCAGAGACCCAUGGGGAUGGGGUACAUGGGUGGGAUGAACAUGGGCAUGAAUUAUACACCGAUGCACAUGCAACAACAGCCGGAACAGACCGCAGAUAAAGGCAAGGGCAGAAUGGUCGAAUUGGACGAUGUGAACUGGGAAGAACAGUUUAAGGAACUCGAAACGCAACAAGAUAGUCUCUCGGAUGAGGCCAACCAGGCGAUGGAGAGGGAAUUGGACGAAAUUGACAGGUCAGUCGAAGUCCCCGUGGAUACCUUUGAGGAUUUUGAGAGUGUGUGGCACGGGAUCCAGGCUGAACAAGCAUCCAGGCGAAUGGCCGCGGAAGCUUCUGAUUUGGACCAAGCAUUUACGAGCGAGGACUUUGCCGCCUGGGACAAUUUUGAUUCCACAUUCGGCAUGAACACCCAUAACCCCUUUGAACGAGAGCCCAUGCUUGGCGAUUACAUGUUUGAAUCACAGAACCCGUUUUUGGAGAACAGCCACUCUUCCAAGUCCGCCUUUGAACAAGGAAAGGAGAUCCUUGAAUCGCACGGUAACCUCUCUCUUGCUGCUCUGGCCUUUGAGGCCGCCGUUCAACAAGACCCCAACCACGUCGAGGCCUGGGUUCUUUUGGGCUCGGCGCAGGCGCAGAAUGAAAAGGAAGCGCCUGCCAUCCGCGCUCUGGAGCGGGCAUUGCAAUUAGACCCCAACAACCUAGACGCUCUUAUGGGGCUGGCAGUUUCCUACACGAACGAAGGAUACGACAGCACGGCCUACCGGACUCUGGAGCGGUGGCUGAGUGUCAAGUAUCCUCAGAUCCAUCCCCCGGAGAACCUAUCGGACGCAUCCGAAGUCGGCUUCACGGACCGUGCAAUAUUGCAAGAACGCGUGGUUGACCUCUUCAUCAAAGCAGCUCAACUGUCGCCGGCCGGGGAACACAUGGACCCCGACGUCCAGGUCGGUCUUGGUGUUUUGUUCUAUGGGAACGAAGAGUUUGAAAAGGCUGUGGAUUGUUUCAAAGCCGCUCUUGCAUCAGCAGAAACCGGGUCGGCAAACAGGGAAGGACAGCUGCAUCUGUUGUGGAACCGGCUGGGUGCAACAUUGGCAAACUCGGGCCGGUCAGAGGACGCCAUCACCGCCUAUUGCAAGGCACUCGAAGUCAACCCCAAUUUUGUCCGAGCCCGAUAUAACCUCGGAGUUUCGUGCAUCAAUAUUGGAUGCUAUCCUGAGGCAGCCGGACAUCUGCUCGGAGCGUUGAAUUUGCACCGGAUUGUGGGCGAACAGGGGUUGGAUCAAGCUCGUGAGAUUGUUGGAGAUGGUCAUGGAGGGAUCCCUGAUGCCGAGUUACAGAGGAUGAUACAGCAAAAUGAGAGCACGAAUCUCUACGAUACCCUGAGGAGAGCGUUUACUGGCAUGGGCAGGCGAGAUUUGACGGAGCGGGUGGGUGCUGGCAUGGAGCUGGACUCGUUUAGAGGCGAAUUUGACUUUUGA